AUGGAAAUUACAUCAAACGGAUAUCAUACUUCCGAGAUUAAAACAAACGGAUACCAUACUUCCGAGAUUAACACAAACGGUUAUAAUACUUUCCAGAUUAACACAAACGGAUACCAUACUUCCGAGAUUAACACAAGAGAAUUAAUUAAAGUUGCAUUACUUGGCUUUCCAUGCGAUAUAGGUGUUGAAAGAAACGGUAUUGCAGUUGGUGGAAAACGCGGACCAGCAGCUGUCCGGAAGAAGAUAGGCGACACGAGUAAUCCAUGGUGCUACUAUCAACUCGGUCCAAUUUUUAACGUGGAGCAUGGCAUUGAUAUGACACACAUCGACUUGACAGAUCAUGGCGAUGUUGAUAUCUCCAACGAUUUGAAUUUGAAUCACAAACACUUAACUGAUAAAGUUCAAGCUUUAUGUGAUCAAGGUUACAUCUGUAUUAUUGUCGGAGGUGGUCGGGACCAAAGCUAUUGUAACGCCAAGGGACUUAUGAAUUCGAGGAAAUGUGGAGAUAUCGGCGUAGUUAAUAUUGAUGCACAUAUGGAUGUCGACCAAGUAAGAAAAAAUAACUUUGUUCAUCACGGUACACCAUUCAGACUACUGUUAGAAGACAAAGCUUUUAAAGGAAAAUUCUCUCAGUUUGCAAGUCAAGGAAAUCAAUGCGAUCCAGACCACGUGAAAUACGUAAAAGAAAAAUCUGGUAGGAUUUAUUGGCUUUCGCAUUUAAAGAAAAAAGGCGUGACUGAAAGCUUCAGGGAAGUAUUGAAUUGGUUCGACACCAAGGAUGUAUUUGUGUCUCUUGAUAUCGAUGCAAUUCAAGGUUGCGUAUGUCCUGGAGGAUGGGCCUCCGUCAGAGGUCUAACAGCAGAGGAAAUAUUAUCAGUCGCUUUAGAAGCAGGACGCCACUCGAAAACGAGAGUAUUCGACAUAAGUGAGUACAAUCCGGAAAUUGAAGAAACCCGAACAGGGUGGUUGAUCAAGAACUUGAUAUAUUAUUUCUUGAUGGGUGUAGCAUCCAGAAAUUAA